CUCCCAAGGGACGCCGCAAAACCAAAACAGUCACCCGUGUUCCCAAAAGCACCUCAGGAGAUGCUUCCAAAGGCAGGGCUGGCCUCCACAGGGUGACGGCUCUUCGGCCUCCGACUCAAACCUGAGUCGUCCACACCACUGGGCCGCCGCCAGCCCGGGCGAGCCGCCGAGAUACCACGGACGCCGCAACUAGCCGCCGCCUGCUCCCGCCACACCCGCGGAGCCAGCAGAGCCGAGCCCACGCCCCUGCCGCGUGCCCGCCUCCUGUAGCCAUGCGGCUCGCGAUUGGUCGAGAGCGCUGCCCGUCGCGAGAGAAGGCCGUGUCUCCCGCAGGCCGGCGCUCCCAUUGGUCCGGACGGCGGCGGCGGCGCGCGCGGCCCCGGCGAGGCGGGGAAGCCGGUGGCCGCGGCUGCGGAACGGGCGGAGGCUGCCGGUUUCGUAACCGUCGCUCCUCCUCGCUGACUCGCGGGCUGUGAGGCCUGGGUCGGCUCGGGCCGCGCCGCGCCGGGCCGCUCGGAGUGGAGGCCGCCUGGGGGCGGGCGGGUUGGAGGCGCAGGUACAUGUGAAGAGUUUUUGGCAGCUUAGCGUGGAAACCAUUGAUCACCUUGCCCUCAUUUCUGCCUGUUCUAUGUUGGCAAGGGAGAGUGGCCAAAUGAGCAAGAUAUCGCAGCAAAACAGCACUCCAGGGGUGAACGGAAUUAGUGUUAUCCAUACCCAGGCACAUGCCAGCGGCUUACAGCAAGUCCCUCAGCUGGUGCCUGCUGGCCCUGGGGGAGGAGGCAAAGCCGUGGCUCCCAGCAAGCAGAGCAAAAAGAGCUCGCCCAUGGAUCGAAACAGUGACGAGUAUCGGCAGCGCCGAGAGAGGAACAACAUGGCUGUGAAAAAGAGCCGAUUGAAAAGCAAGCAGAAAGCACAAGACACACUGCAGAGAGUGAAUCAGCUCAAAGAAGAGAAUGAACGGUUGGAAGCAAAAAUCAAAUUGCUGACCAAGGAAUUAAGUGUACUCAAAGAUUUGUUUCUUGAGCACGCACACAACCUUGCAGACAACGUACAGUCCAUUAGCACUGAAAAUACGACAGCAGAUGCUGACAGUUCAGGACAGUAGACCGCACCCUUUCCAGACUUCACAACUUGUGGCUUGAAUGUUAAAGGUGUGACCGCCUGACACCAUUCAUGUCAAUGGCUGAAAGGUGUCCUUUUCCAUUAUUCAGAGACCCAUUGGAGGCUGUUUUCUAGGAUCAGCACUGAAGAGUUGAUUAGCUAAAACUGGUAGCCUGUAAUUUGAAUAUCUGGUUUUAAAUGAUAGAGAUUUUUGUGGGGAUCAGAAUCCCCCAGAUGUUAAGGUAUAUGGUAAAAACAAAAUAUCCGGGAUCCCAAUAUUUCUAAUAAAUCCUGACAUACCAAGAAAUGCUUCUUUUUUAAGUUGACAAAAGAAAUGGGAAGCUGGCAGGCCAUGCAGAAGGUUCUUGGUUUUAAUGAAUAGGCUGAAUUAGAUUAAGAAAAGUUGAAUGCCACCUAUGAUAAUCUAUUUGUGAUUUUUCUUCUAAAUUAUGUAUUAUAAAUUCCUAGAGCUAUAGAAAGCAAUGAGUGUGUAAUUUGGUGUGAUUUUAUGUAUGGCAUAAACUUCGUUUUAACAUAAUUAGUACUGUUUUUCCCCAAAAGUACAAGUUUUUGAAUAGUGAUGUCCAGUUAGGUAAAGAAACCUCAUCACAUCUUACAGGCAGUAUGUGGCCAAUUGACUUAAAAAUACAAAUAACAUUUAGGAAGCAAAUAGAUUAAACACAAAAAUAAAACUAAAGCAUAGGAAUGAUAUUUUUGGGAUACCUUUGGGCUUAGGUUGGCAUUAUUUUAUUCUAAAAAACCAACUCAGUGGUAUAGAGAAACUUGUGUACCAAAAUUUUAGUUUCUGCAGAUGCUAAUUAAGUAAGUGUUUUUUGGGAUACAAUUUUGACACCCAAGUUAGUAAGCAGAAUGUCUUAACAGUUUGAUGACACAAGCUGCUGAUUAGGGUUUAGGAUAUUAAUUCAGAAGGUAAUUUCUCUUGUGUUCAAGUUAGCUGCCAUGGGGCCAUUAUUUUUAAAGUCAAAAAUUUGUCUUUUGAAGGCUCAUUCUGGUAUUUGAUCUUAACCAAGUGAUUAUUAGAGAAAUGUAUCAACUCCAUGCCAUCUCCCAAAAUAGUUGUCUAAGAAAACUUGAAAGUGUAAGGUUUUAACCUUUAAUUUAUUUCACUUAAAUACAUCUUUUGAUACUGUUUUUGUGAGAUUUCUUUUUCUGGUUAGUGGGCUUUCCUGACUUUGUACCACUGCUUCUGUUUAUUCAUUUAUAUGCUUUUGUGUCCCAUAAAUUAUUUUAGAAAAUGCUGAUAAAACUCAGGAUAUUGACAUUUUUGUUGAGACUAAAAAAUGGCAGUCACUGAAGUAGGGACUCUCUAGAGUCUGGCUUAUGUCAGUGUUGGUAGUUUAGAUUGUCUUUGUCAACAUUUUUUCUCUCUUACUCUUUUUUUCUUAGCACAGUUCUAGCUCAAAUUUGUGCAUUUUUGUGUGUUCCUGGGCUAGAGAUGAGAGACUGAGUCAUAUCUGAUCUAAAAGUUUGUGUUACCAGGUAUCUUAUUUGAACAUGGUCAUUUUUGGCCAUGUUGCCGUUUCAUACCAGGACUAGGGAAUGAUGUAACCGGAAUGAAACUCAAGUUGCACCCUUGGGUUGGUGGAAGAGUGCUGAUCAGUGCCAUUCUUCUGGGCAGGAGAAGACAUCAUGGUGACCAGUGACUCAGCAAAGCCAUUCUUAGGGUCACAAGGCCCUUCUGAAUGUAAGACAGGAGCCCAGGAGAUGCUGUCCCAGGAGGGCCAUUAACUUCCAAUAGAGCCAGGAGACAGGAUGGGGGUUUCUAGGGUCCAAUACCGCUUACCUUGGAAUAUGGAUCUACUCAUGAAGGAUGAGAGAUGUUUUGAAUAACUAGCCAGGACACACCCACAGGAUCCUAUUGGAUCCUUAGCAGCUGAUUGGUGUUACAUAAUUAACUUAAUUGGAGAUGCAUAGGUCACUUGAAUCUAUAAGUACCUAUGGUAGAUGCUACAGACAUUUAAAUCUCUUAUUUACUAAAAAAUACCUUUGGGAAUUCGAUGCCCUCAUGGAAUUUAUGGUUACCAGUUAUAUGAAUUGACCUUGUCAGUUAUAUGAAUUGACUUAAGUAUCUUGAAAAAGAAACUUCAGGAAAAUCAUCGGAGGUGUGUAUGCAGUAUUUCAAAUCAGAACACAAGAUUGGAACUUUCGGAAAAAUAAUUUGGGCUUUCCUUUUACCCAUGCAUCUCCAAAGUUUAGCACAAGCAAGCAAUUCCGCAGAGAACAAGUUGUCUGUCUGUCUGAAGUGGUUGGAAAUGAAAGCUUUUAAUUUGAUAGAUUUAUCAGUAUAAAAUUAGGGAAACCAAGUGUGGGAAUGAAUUCAUUUAGAGCUUUGGGACUUCUAAGGUGACUUUUGUAACCUUCGUUCUGUGUGUGACCUAUGAACCAUUAGGAUGUGAUCUACCCUUGUGGGCAGGUCCAUCAUUUUAGGAGUUAGGCUUUAGUGUAAAUUUCUAGCACAUCUGAGUCUCCUGGGUUGGGUGCAUUUUGGCUGCGUUUGGCUGCAGGUGGUGAGACCAGAGCAGCUCUUGCUGCCGCUGGCCCCUGAAAUCAGUUGUUGGGAUGCCAGUGCAGAUACUAAGUAGUAAGAUUUUAAUCAAACACAACCAGGUCUGAAAUACAGGUCAUGUGUGUGAAAUUCUCAAAUUUACAUAAAAAGUAGAAGCAUAGGCAAUUUAACAGUUGAUAUGAAAGGAGAGGAAAUUGUAGCGGCUUUUCACGUUUUCUAAUCGCCAUUAGAGGGCUUGAGACCUUUUACCUGAACAACCCGUUUUGCACUCAGUGCUUUUUGAUGCCUUAGCAAUAGAAUUGUUUUGUUUGACAAAAGCUGGGAAGGAAAAAGACCAUUCUGCAGCUGUUAGAUCUGCCUCUCAGGAAAAAGUACUAACUUGUUCUUUUUGUUCCUGGCUUUCUUCAGUUUGUGAGAUUUCUCUAUUUUUUUAAAUAUAAUUUUAUUUCUUUGAACAAACUUAAAAUAAAAAACAACUUUGGAACAAUGA